UACAAGCUGAAUUAAUGCGCAAAAUUAACGUGGAAUCUGAUACUAUUAGAAUGGUAGAGGUAGUUAAAGAAGUAAUAAACAAGUUGCAUAAAACUGGAAAAAUAAUUUCACCAAAGGAUAUUAUACAGGUUUAUUGUCAUCUUAAAUGUGAUAAUGAAAAACUAAUCUUAAUGAAAAUUUAUAAUGAGAAUCUAUCUGUUUUAAACGAAUGCACUUUACAAAGACAAACUACAACUAAGGAAUUGUAUUUGCUACAAAUGGUAAAUAUUGCAGAAUUAGCCAUAUUAAUGAAGCUGUAUUGUGGUGCUUUAGAUCAAAUGCAAGCUGAUAAAGUUAGAUUAUAUGAUAUAGCAAUUUCUUUUGAAACUUUGGAUAAUGAAAUCGGAAAUAAUAAAACAAAUCAAAAUUUAGAAGAUUUAGAAUUAGAAGAAGAAUAUAUUACUACAGAACAAGACUGGCAAAAUAGAUUAUAUGAAUGGAAAGAAAUACUUAAUGAAGAAGAGAGUGUUGAAAGAGAAAAUAUAAAUAUUCAAGAAAAUGGAGGAAUGGUUGAAGAAUUAUUAGUAGAUUAUACUCAUCCAGCAAUAGACAUUGCAGCUAAAUAA